CAUCCAUAUCCCAAUGGCGAGGACUUAUUGGUCACCCAGCGUAAUAAGAUGGUCAAACUGAACUGGGCAACUAAAAAAUACACGGUUAUCGGAGAGGUAGCGCCUGAACUGAAGGGUAAGGAGCGUUUCAAUGAUGGAAAGGCUGAUAAGCUUGGUAGAUUAUGGAUGGGUACCAUUCUGGACAGCGAUAAGGGUGUAGUUCCCGGUAAAGGUAAUCUGUACAAGUGGGAGGAUGGUAAAUUCACCAAGGUGGCCGAUAACUUCUACCUGACCAACGGUAUGACGUGGCCUAAGGACCAGAAAAAGAUGUUUAUCAACGACUCGGAGGGUCGCAAGAUAUAUGUGUUUGACUUUGACCUCGAAAAGGGAACUAUCGCCAACAAAAAGUUGCUGGUUGAUUGCGAUAAUAGCACCGACUGGACAGUGAACGACCACCCGGACGGCCUCACCAUCGAUAUCACCGACCAUUUGUGGGCUUCGAGUUACGCCGGCGGACGGGUAGUCAAAAUCGAUCCCAACACCGGCGAUGUGGUGGACACCUGUUCCAUCCCGUGCCCACUCACCACUACCCCGGUGUUUGGCGGCACCAAUAUGGACGAGAUGUUUGUCACCACCGCUUACUUGAACUUCGGUCCCGACCAGAGGACAGCCCACCCCACCUGUGGACAGACACAUAAGAUUACCUCCGAUUCUAAGCUGUUCGCCGGUAAUGUCAUGUAUAGACCCAAAGCCUAAGGCUGUAUAGCACCUGGAGUUGUGUGUGUAGGUGUCGACGACACGACAUAUAUUUUAUAUAACGUAUAGUUUUACUACUAUUUGUUUUUAAUUGAUCAAUAAAACGGUUUUCCAAUUAA